CUGGUGGAGGCGGUGCUGCUCUUUGCUCUGUGACAAUCGCGCAGACUGAGAAUGCCGUAACAGCGCAGUCAAACUGCUCGAGAGAGGGUGUGUGUGUCAUUCACCUGGGCUUGCUUUGCCUUCAUUCUUUCAUAAAAUAGGAUUGUGUUGCUUCGGAUUUCACGCUCCAGAGGCGAGGGGUGUUGCACUUCCAUUUUUAAUGGUGAUAUCGACAUUUGGCACUUGCUUUUCGGUGGGAAUCUGGGUCUGGAAAAUAGGAUGCUAAGAGGGUUUUAAACGAGGCCCCUGAAGAUGAGUGUGACGUCAUGGUUCCUGGUGAGCAGCUUGGGCAUCCGCCACCGCCUCCCACGAGAGAUGAUCUUCGUGGGCCGCGAAGACUGUGAGCUCAUGCUGCAGUCCCGCAGUGUUGAUAAGCAGCACGCUGUCAUCAACUACGACUUGGCCACAGAUGAACAUCUUGUGAAGGACCUGGGGAGUCUCAAUGGGACGUUCGUUAAUGAUUUAAGAAUUCCUGACCAGACCUACAUAACGCUCAAGCUUGGCGAUGUCAUACGAUUUGGAUACGAUCCCCAUGUCUAUGUAUUGGAAAGGAGUCAGCACAGGGUUCCUGAAGAGGCCCUCAAGCAUGAGAAGUACACGAGCCAGCUUCAGAUGAGCGUGAAGGGGCCUGAGGGCACGAAGACUGAGCACUCUGACGAGAAGGCAGGAGGUUUAGAUUCCUCCCGGUGUAAACUGGAGAAAGGAGAACGCAAAUGCCCGUCAGAGACCCCGAUGUCUCGUCCCACUCCCCUCUAUGGCCAGCCCUCAUGGUGGGGGGAGGAUGAUGCUGGGAACAAGGUGCAGCACACUGAGGGACGAAGAGUGGAUGAGCCUCAUUCAGAGAGCCCCAAGGACAGCACAAGGCAUGACCCAGAAAUAAAUGGCACCAUCUCUGACUUUAGAGAAUCGCAGGGUAAGUCCAUCUAUUCUUACCGGCGGGAGCCGAGCUAUUUCGAGAUCCCCACCAAGGAGUUCCAACAGCACACCAAGUCACCAGAGACUGAGGUCCACGAGAUUCCCACCAAGGACACGGACACUCUGGCAGUGCCUACCACCACCACCCCACCUGUCGUCCAGAGCCACGCCUCCUUCACCAUUGAGUUUGACGAGUGCACACCGGGCAAGAUGAAGAUCAAGGACCAUGUCACCAAGUUCUCCUACCGCCAGCGCAAGCUGCCUGGCAAGGAUCUGGCUUCCACCCCUACUGAGGUGAUGUCUGCUGAGAGCAAGGUGGCGGACUGGCUGGUCCACAGUGACCCCAGCAUGAUGAGAAGGAAGCCCCCCUCCGAGGAUGUUUACAGCACCAAGAGCGACCUGCCCGUCCAUGUCAAGAUUCUGAAAGGCCAUCAUCAUGAAGAUGGGACUCAGAGUGACUCUGAGGACCCCAUCCUGGCAGAGAAACCAGACAAACAGCAGCAUCACCAGCCAGCUGCCCCUUUGGCUCCCGAGGAGCCAGCCUGCUCUCCACUGGGGUCGCACUCUCCCCCUCGGAGCCAGGCCAAGCCAGAACCCGAGGAGGUGCUCAACCAGCAGGCUUUCGUUAUUGAGUUUUUUGAUGACAACCCCCGCAAGAAAAGAUCUCAGUCUUUCACUCACAACUCGGCGCACGCCGACUCUUACUCCGCCCUGAAAGCUAAGCUGGAGAAGCGUAAGGGGGCCCUGGCUGGGGAGAGAACUGCCAUGGUGGCGUCAGGUCACAUCCCACCAACGCAGCAGGUCACAGUGCCUCUGAAGACCCAUGGUGCACCUCAGCGGGCGAGUUCCCUGAAAAGGGAGAAGACCGAAGAUCGCCUCUGCACAGGAUCGUCUCUGUUCUCUUCCCGCACUUCUGUCACUGUCAAGCCCUUUGGAAGCAUGGGAAAGAAGUCCAAGCUGGCCCAGGAAUUUGCGGCAGAGUUCCUGAGAGAGUCAGUCCAUGGCGUCUCUCCAACCCGUGAAAAGACAUCUCCGCCUCCUGCUUCUGCUCCACCAGUUCUGGUUUCUCCUUCCCUCUCUCAUCCUCCUGCUCUCUCUUCUCCUCAGUCUUCACCUCCUCUUCAGUCUUCUACUCCUGUCCCAGCCCCACUGUUGCCCCUUGCUGUCUGUGGCAUGGAUCUGAAAUCCUCAAAAGCCUUGAGGAAUGAGGAAGAGGACAGCCUCAGUGAUGCUGGAACCUACACCAUUGAGACCGAAUCCCAAGACAAAGAGGUGGAAGAGGCCCGCAACAUGAUUGAUCAGGUGUUUGGUGUUCUCGAGUCCCCCGAGUACACCGGCGUUUCUACGGGCAUAUAUAGGCCCGUAAUUAAUGAUGACAGGGAAGAACAAACUAGCUGUCGGCAUAGCAAAAGUAGUUCUCUGGAUCAAAAGGCAACUCCAGUGCAGGGCUAUAAUCCAGCUGCCAUUAGUGGCCAACAUGCUGGAGGAGCUCAGAUGCGACCAGUUGGCCCUGUGGGUGUCGGGGGUCCCAAGUGGGUCUCUCGGUGGGCUAGUCUGGCAGACAGCUACAGUGAAUCUGGGUCCGCAGGGGGUCACGUAGACGCAAAGCAUCAAGGUGAAGUGGCUGAUGGAGAAGGGCAAAUCAUCCACCAGGCCGUGUCUGUCCGAAUUAUCGAAAACACUGAUUCUGAGAGCAGCCAAGGUUCGAGAACAAGAAGGCUCCUUCCACAAGUGCCACCAACAGACAAGCCAGAAAGCCCUACACCCAGCAUUCUCAUCAAGCAUGAGCCUAACACUGGCUAUGAGACACCUGAGAGGGGCUCCAGCACUCCCAGACAGCAGGAAACUGCCCAAAGGCUGUGUGUUCAGGAUGACCUGGACCCUGACAGUCUAAGUGAUGCCAGCAAGUCAGACGAUGGCUCUAUAGUGGAAAGGAGCAGGAAGCGCAGAACAGGGAGAACAAUUGAUGAAGCCAAGCAGAGUAAAUCUUGGGGUGAUAAAAGUGGCAGUCAGUGCAGAGUGGAAGAAAAGACCUCCGCUUCAACAAAAUCCACAUCCUUUUACAUUGGGACAGAAGAGACCCCUUCCAAACCAGACAUACCACAUAGUAUAGUCCUCACUCAUGCUGAGAGAGAUUAUGACAUCUCCUCCUCCAAGCCUUCUGCAACAACUGUUUUAAUAAAGCCUUUAAGGAGCCAAGACACCCCAAAGCCAGUCAAACCAAUUCCCUCAGCCCAUAAAAGUCAUUCCCAGGAGAAAGAAGCCCUGCCUCCAAUAGAGCCCCCUAUUUCAUUUGUCAGACAGGAAAGCUUCACCAAAGAUAGACCCAGUGAUGACAUCCAGAUCAACAAGCUUCCUCACAUCUCUAGCCACCCAGCUUUGAAGGAUCUAAGUGUAGGGGAUGCCUUCAGGACAGAAUGCAACCAGGACACUCAAUCUUUCCUCAAGGACACAGAAAAUGCUCUGGCAGCUCUAGAAGCCAAAUUCCAGGCGCAGGGUCAUGGCCAAAGUCAGAAACACGACAGAUCCAGUAAUUGCUUGGAAGACUCUUUGUCUGGAGAGUCUGACGUAGAUACAGCCAGUACUGUGAGCCUCGUUAGCAGCAAAAAUGCUCCCAGCACAGCACCAAAUAAAAGUUCUGUCAUAACUAGUCUUCAAAAGGAGAAAUCAUCGUCUACUCCUUCCAUCCAGGACCAGGGUAGACAGCCCACUGCACGUGAACGACUUUCUGAGAAGCGCAGGACCAAUGUAACAGAUAACCCUAACAAGAUGGAGUACACCAAGCGGUUCCAGCUGCGCCGCAGCACAGGGAAUAGGGGUUCUCUGGACUUCACAGAAGACCUUCAGAGCCAGAGUCUUCCCUAUUGGCCCGAUGCCGUUUCCUCAGACCAUGAGUCCAGCUCUCGGCCAACCGCACGGAAAAAGCUCACGACUCCACUGCAGAAGGAAGACUCCAGCAAAUCAUCCAAAGGACCCGUCUUCCAAGCACUCACUCGUUCGAACAGUCUGUCUGCUCCACGGCCAACCAGGGCCUCUAUGCUACGCCGGGCCCGCCUGGGAGAGGCCAGCGAUAACGAAAGUGCGGAGACAGACAGGGCAUCUCUCAACUCGGAUGUCAACGCGCCUGUAAAAUCUCAGGCAGACGCUAAAAAGCUGUCUCGUUUAGACAUUCUGGCCAUGCCUCGCAAGAGAACAGGUUCCUUUACCACUCCCAGUGACACAGAGUCUUCAACACCAAGGUCAGGCUUCUCGAACCGGAGCAUCGAGACCAGUAACUCUGUCCGCAAGGCAGCAGUUCCGGAGCCCAAGCCUGGUCCUAGAAAGACCACUGGGACAACAGGAAAACAGACCAUAACCAGGGCACGCUCUAGCAGUGCUAAAUACUCCAGUUCGUCCAGCUCCAGAAGACGGCAGAAGGGCUCAGAUUACACGUCCACCUCAGAGGAGGAGUACGACUCCAACCACGGCUCCUCUAAACAUAAACGCUCCCAUGCUUCAACAGCCACUCAGACCGGAAGAACUCAGCCCGCAGGGUCGGCCAGACAGAAGUACAGCUCUAGGGAGACCGAGGAGGAGGAAGACAACGAGGCUGAUCCCUACCAGCACUGGUCCACACACAGCGCCGAGAUAGCGAGGCUGAGUCAGGACCUGGCCAAAGACCUUGCAAUCCUGGCCAGAGAAAUUCAUGACGUGGCCGGAGACGCCGACUCCCAGAGCUCCUCGGGGACGGGGCCCAGCACCUCUCUCAGCUCCGUGCCCAACACCCCUGCCUCCACCAUCUCUGCCAGAGAAGAGAAAACAUUUCCAUCUCCCCGAGCAGUCCGUUCAUCCCAGUUGGUCCAACACAUCCCAGAGGCCAGUCUGAACUUCCAGAAAGUCCCUCCUGGUUCAGCUGGAGUUAAGAAGGAAGUUGAUCAGAAUAUGAAUGAUCAAGACAUCAACUCCAAGCGCCGAGCAUGGAAUAGAGAAGAGGUUAUUUUGGACAACCUGAUGUUAAACCCUGUUUCACAGCUCUCUCAGGCUAUCCGGGAAAAUACUGAGCAACUUGCUGAGAAAAUGAAGAUUUUAUUUCAGAACAAGAUGGAAAGCUGGGAGGAAAUUGAAGCAAAAAUUAACUCUGAAAAUGAAGUCCCGAUCCUGAAAACAUCUAACAAGGAGAUCAGCUCUAUUCUAAAGGAACUAAGAAGAGUUCAGAAACAACUGGAAGUUAUCAACACUAUCAUUGACCCCAGCGGUAAUCCAGAGCUUGGAAACAGACUUGGGGCCGCGUCAGCCGGAGCGAAAGGCAGAACUCUUUCCAGACCCCCAACACAGCUCCAAGGCGGCAUCCAGCAAGGGGGAGGUGGAAACGUCAACGAACGGGCCAAGAGGGGAGAGCGUGCCGACGAUGAUGGCUACGCAGGCUGAGCGUUUGUCCGACCCAGCUGGGCCGCACCUGUGAUGGAUGUAUACGUGGUGUCUGUGUGAUGAGCGAAUGACUGUGUGGAUCGAACUGUAACAGAAUACUGCUGUAUGAACUGCUGACACGUUGCACAACAACAACAAAGAACAAAAUUAGCUUGCUUUAAUGAAUGGAUUGUAAAAGAAUGUACAUUUGCCUUGUUUCUUGAUAGGCAAGUCUUAUCACUGUGGAGCAGCACAUAUUUAUUCCGCAUUAAGGCCAGGUUGCCAGGAAUGGGGAAGGAGGGAUGGGCAAAGUUGAGAAAAUAAAAAAUCCUGUCAGGAAGCAGGUAUUUUUUGUGCCAUACUUUUUUUGAUAAAAAAUGUCACAAGCAACAGCCCUUUUUUCAGGCAUAUAACAUAGCCUAAACUAUUGAGCUGCUGCACAUAUCGGACUUUUUGUACCGGCCAAAACGCUCUGCAAACUAACAGCUUUCGUCUCAUUCAUGGACACUAAAUUUUGUCACGUCUAAAAUGUUGGUGGCGAUUGUCUAAUUUGUGUAAUAAAUAGGUGUUCCCUUUUUGUUUGCCAGCAAGACCCUUUAGGGGCUGCUUGAUAAAAGACCGUCUGAAUGUUAGGGCUUUUUGCAGGUUCAGUUAAGCUUUUUUUGUCUUGUUUGAAAAAGGGUGUUGAACUGUUAAAUUCAAUGCUUCUAUGAGGAACAGGAAAACAAAUAUCAAGAACUGCAAUAAGUAAUGUUUAGUGCAUACUUAGAUUCUGGUUGUAGUUUCUGGCAGCAUUUCGCACAGUGAAAUCACAGUGGAAUCAUGAUGGAAGCAUUGAAAAGCUGAUGUUUGUUUUCUUACCCUUGAAACUUUCAUGUCACAGUUUUGUGGUGUUAUCUAGGUUGUAUACAUUUGUUUUCCACUGAGAUCUAGUGUUGCAGACACAAACCUUAUCGGAUCUCUUUCCAAUAUCUGCUGCUUCAGAAAUCACAAAUUUUCACUUGUUCCGCCAAGUAUUUUAAGUACCUGCAAGUAUUUCAAGAAAAAAAAUGGUUGUACCAGUUGCAGCUCACUGUAUAAAGGAGAAAAUGAUUUUCUAAUGUACCUAUAACUACAUUCUGGAAACUUAAAUGAAUUAAUUCAUUAGCAUUGAAAAGCAAACCAUUGUUAAAAUAAAAAAGAGUAUGUUUAUAUUGCUGCACCAAAAUGGUAUGAUCUGUCAUGGACUAUGUGUAUGCAGUGCUUUUACCAGGUUUGUAAAUUCAAAUAUGAGCUUCAUGCUAGUGUUAUGGUGUCUUCAGAAAAUCUGCCUUCCACUGUUUUUAAUGUUGAAUAUGGUGGAGUGUUUUCUUAAACAUUUGGAAGGACAUUAUUCUGUGUACAUCUUGAGUUCCUUCUUAGUGCUGUGGGUAUUAUAUUUCUGUUGUCUUUGGGCUUUCAUGUCUAUUAAUUUUGAACAUUGAACAAUCUUCAAAGAAUAUUAAACAUCUAGCUUCCUGAGCCUUUUUUUUCUAGAAGUAUGAAAGCUUUAAUAUACAAAAUAAAUGCAUAAAUUUA